AAUCCGCGUUGCACGGUCGCACAUCUCGUCUCGUGUUUGUGUUGUUGCGCGUCUCCUGUGUGUGUUCGUCAAAUUCGGGUGCAAGUGCAUGUUAUCCCCAAAAUACGUAAGCAUUCACCUCUCACAUCGCAGAGAUCCACAUAAAUAAAGUGUUACCAGACUUGAAAAUCAGUUUAACAGUGUACCGUUCUUCAGCGGUGUGAAUUCUAUCGAACGAGUCCGCAUCCAAAACAUGAGAAUGUAACGGUUUACGGUGCAUCCACAGGUGUCCUCGUCGAGAUAGUUUCGGGCGUGAAUUGAUUGUUUAUCAAUCGUUGGUUGGUGAUAGUUAUGUUGGCAUAGGUGAAGAAAACACGAGAAUUGUUAUCGCGGCAGGUCGGGAGGACAUCUUGGUGCUCGUGAUGACUCCUUCGGCGCACCAGCGGCGACAAUGAAGAACAAGAACAAGAGGAACAAACAGAGUGUUGUUAGUGUGGCUAUGGGCAUUGCAGGAAAGAUGGAAACAUUCGUGCGUCGGAUUGGUUUUGGAUUGGGAGUUUUCAUCGUUACAGUCUGCAUCGUCGCACCUACAACUCAAGCUGAAAAUUUACAAGCUCCACGUUUUACGACUUCCUCGGCGACGAGCAGCAUUAGCCGGCUGGGGACAACAAAGAUUAUGCAAUGUCAAGCUUUCGGUUAUCCACAACCGCAAUACCGAUGGAUAAAAGACGGCGAACCACUGACGGAAUUCUCCACGGAACCAUUCUAUAAAAUAUUCUCAACGCGUCUUGAAGAUGAAGGUAGUUACCGAUGCAUUGCUGCCAACAAAGUGGGAUCCAUUAUGAGUGAAGAAAUCAAAGUUGUAGUCGCAUAUAUGGGUGUUUUCGAAAACACUACCGAAUCCACCGCUGCAGUGGAAGGUGGCCAAGCUGCAAUCCUCGAUUUACCCUACAUUAAAUCCUCUCCAGAGCCGCAAAUCACUUGGCAGACUGAUGAGGGCCCACUGCUCUACUCUCAAAAGUAUGCCAAGUCCAAAUCUAACCAACUCAUCAUCCUAUCGACGGAUAUCUCGGACGCGAAGGCCUACCGCGCACGCGCAAUGAACACCCAGGAAGGCAAAGAGGAAAACAGUGCCUAUAUUCGUCUAGACGUACUCGAGACCAACUCGUAUAACGAAAUCGCACCCGAAAUCAUCAUUAAACCGCAGGAUGUUGAAAUUGUCAAGGGCACACACGAAACUACUUUGGACUGUAUUGCGAACGCACGCCCUCUGCAUGAACUAGAAACACUUUGGUACAAGGAUGGCAUGCCGAUUGAAAACUCCGGCAUUGAGUAUACGUACAACGAUGUCUGGCACAGGAGUGUCGCGUUAAUCUCAGCGAACUUAACGCAUUCCGGCGUCUACGAGUGCCAUGUAUCACUGAAAACCGGGGGAUUCCCAACUGUCAAAGCUAACGCAAGCGUAGUGGUACAAGAAAAACCAAGAUUCUCUAGCAGUACGAAACCGGAAACUUUGGCGGAGUACGCAUCGCAAGUUAUAUUACCUUGCGAUGUCGAUGGAAUACCCAAACCGAAGGUUACAUGGUACAAAAACACGAUUAAUAUCGAAGAUUUGAAUGACAGACGCUACGAAAUCCAAGAGGAUAAUUAUUUGUUGAUCAAACGACUUGCGAUUGAUGAUGCAGGGAUGUAUCAGUGUUUUGCACGUAAUCCGGCUGGUGAAAGCUACAUUUCCACAUGGCUCAAGGUUAAAAAACGCAUUAGGCUGCUGAAUAGGAGAAGUCUGCGCAAUAACAUUCUGCGCUUGCGCAACGCGAACGAACGACGAAAUAGAAAACAAAAUGUCCCUACUUCGUCUAUACCGAUAAUGGAAAAUGGUCCGCAUAAUCAAACAGUACUUGAUGGUAAGGAUGUAACUAUCAGUUGUCAAGCUGCCGGAGCACCGACACCAAGCGUUGCGUGGCAAUACAAUCAAAGCGAGCUGGAGGUAUCCGGACGCGUGCAGGUGCUUGAAAAUGGCGACUUGCUCAUCGCCGCCGUGCGUGAAUCUGAUGCUGGAGUUUAUUCCUGUUUGAGAGCGAACGAGGCAGGACAGGCCGGUGGUACGGCCUAUAUCAGCGUCCUGGUCCGCACGCAGAUUAUUCAACCGCCAGCGGAGACGCGCGUUCUGUUGGGGCACACCGCAACGCUGCAGUGCAAAGUUUCAUCGGAUCCCUCGGUACCGUACCAAUUAGACUGGUAUCACAAUAAGCUUAUUAUCAACCCGACGACCAGCUCAAGAAUCAACAUUCAAUCGGAUGGCACGUUGGAGAUACAGCAGGUGCGUGCUUCGGAUGUUGGACAAUAUUCAUGCGCUGUGCGCUCGCCAGGUGGGAACGAAACACGCACUGCAAAACUCUCCGUCAUCGAGUUGCCAUUCGCCCCGCUGAAUGUACAAGCUGUUCGCGUGGAUACGGGCUCUGCAAGGGCGGUAAAUAUUUCAUGGACGCCAGGUUUUGAUGGUAACAGUCCCAUCAAACAAUACAUUAUACAGAAGCGUGAAGUGCCUGAACUAGUGCCUCCGAUUUCAGGCCCCAUUCCGGACCCGCUGCUCAACUGGGCGACGGAGAUCAGCAACGUCUCCGCCGCUCAGCGGUGGAUUUUGCUCACCAAUUUAAAAGCGGCGGCGGCUUAUCAAUUUCGCGUGUCUGCCGUUAACUCUGUUGGGGAGGGUAGCCCUUCUGAGCCGAGCAAUGAAGUCAUGUUACCACAAGAAGCUCCGUCUGGUCCACCUGUUGGCUUCGUGGGAUCCGCUCGCAGUUCGUCGGAGAUCAUCACCCAAUGGCAACCUCCAUUAGAAGAACAUCGCAAUGGUCAGAUUCUUGGAUAUAUCAUCAGAUAUCGCCUCUUUGGUUAUAAUAAAUCACCAUGGAUCAUGCGCAAUAUUACCAAUGAAGCUCAGCGUAACUUUUUGAUCCAAGAUUUGAUUACUUGGAAAGAUUACGUUGUGCAAAUUGCUGCUUAUAACAAUAAAGGUGUAGGAAAGUACACAGAUGGUGCCAAGAUCAAAACAAAGGAAGGUGUGCCAGAAGCACCGCCAGUCAUACAAAAAGUUGAUCCGAUUAAUUCAACCGCAGUAGAAAUCUGGUGGAAACCUCCAGAUCCUCAAAAAAUCAACGGAAUUAAUCAAGGAUACAAGAUACAAGCUUGGGUUUGGGAUCCGGUUACUGAAACUGAAGAAGAAGCUAAAGUUAUGACAGUCCACCCGAAUUUAUUAGAUCCCUUGGCGAAGCAAAUGGCGAUUAUGAAUGGCCUAGAAAAGUUCCAAGAGUAUAAUAUUACAGUGUUGGCUUUUACCGACCCAGGAGACGGUGAAAUCUCAGACUACGUGAAUGUGAAAACUUUGGAAGAUGUUCCGGAUGAGAUUGCCAAUUUACAGUUUGAUGAAGUUAGCGAUAGAGCCGUGAAGGUUCAAUGGUCUCCACCAAAGAACAUCAACGGUAUUCUUACUGGUUACCAAAUCAAAUAUCAGGUGAAAGAUGAACCGGAAACAAUGAAGUACAAAAAUUUAACAGCGGAAACUACGAGUCUAAAGAUUGAUCAAUUACAAGCAACAACACACUAUAGAUUCGAGGUGACUUCAUGGACUGCUAAAGGUCCUGGACCUGCAAAGGUAGCGAUUAUUCAAUCUGGAGUAGAACCGGUUUUACCUAGUCCUCCAUCAAAGUUGGCUCUGAGUAACAUUGAAGCCUUUUCUGUGGUUUUACAAUUUACACCUGGAUUUGAUGGUAAUUCUUCUAUCACCAAGUGGACAGUAGAAGCACAAACUGCACGGAAUACCACCUGGUUCCCGGUCUUUCAAAAGACCGAUCCUGAUGCUACAACAAUCGCUGUGACGAAUUUAACACCUUUUACUAACUAUAGAUUGCGUCUGAUUGCUAAUAAUGUUGUCGGGGCAAGUGCGGCAAGUGAACCAACGAAGGAGUUUCAGACUAUACAAGCACCACCGUCCCAUCCACCAAAGAACGUAACUGUUAGAGCGAUGAGUGCAACUGAAUUAAGAGUGAGGUGGAUUCCACUACAACAAAUGGAAUGGUACGGAAAUCCAAGAGGUUAUAACAUAAGUUAUGUUGAACUUGGAAGUGGUAGAGCUCUGAGUGAAACAAUUGAAGAUCCAACUGCCAAUAGCCAUAUCAUUACUAAAUUAGAAGAAUUUGCUCUAUAUGAGAUCACAAUGCAGGCUUAUAAUGAUGUUGGGAGCAGUACACCUAGUCCCAAAGCAUUGGAAAGGACCAGAGAAUCAGUACCAUCAUUUGGACCAUUAAAUGUGGAAGCAAACGCGACAUCUUCAACAACUAUUGUGGUAAAAUGGGGAGAUGUUCCCAAGGAACAUCAAAAUGGCCAAAUUGAAGGUUUCAAAGUAUACUAUGGAGCUGAUACCAGAUCCUUGGUACAAUAUAAAUUAAUUCCUAAUAAUGCAACCUUCACAACAACCCUAACUGAAUUGAGAAAAUUUGUCCUUUAUCAUAUACAAGUCUUAGCUUAUACAAGACUUGGUGACGGUCGCCCCAGCACUCCUCCUGUAAGAGUACAAACGUUUGAAGACGUACCCGGUGCACCUUCCAAUGUUUCCUUCCCCGAUGUAUCAUUUACAUCAGCUAGAAUCAUCUGGGAUGUUCCGGAAGAACCGAAUGGUGAAAUACUGGCUUACAAGGUAACAUACCAAAUCAAUGACACGCAUGUCACAAGCAAAUACUCCAAGGAGUUCCCACCAAGUGAUAGGACUUUCCGUGCUACAAAGCUCGAACAGGAACGGUACUAUAUUUUCUCGGUAACCGCACAAACACGUUUGGGGUGGGGUAAAACCGCCCACGCUCUGGUUUUCACUACGAAUAAUCGUGAACCACCCCAACCUCCAUCUAGACCGCAAAUAAGCCAUAGUCAGAUACAAAGCAAGCAGAUUACCUUCAGUUGGACACCGGGUAGAGAUGGUUUUGCUCCUUUGAGGUAUUAUAUUGUUCAAAAAAUGGAAAAUAAUGCACAAUGGACGGAUAUUCCUGAAAGGGUUGAUCCACAAUUAACAUCUUAUACUGUCAGUGGAUUGAGGCCAUUCUCGAGCUACAAGUUCCGUAUUCAGGCUACAAAUGAUAUAGGACCAAGUAGUUUUUCACUGGAGUCGAUUGAAGUUAGAACAUAUCCGGCCGCACCUAGUAAAGGAGUGAAUAACUUGAAGGUUGUACCUAUUACUACUACUAGCGUGCAGGUUUACUGGGAUCCUAUUGAGGAGACUCACUGGAGUGGGGAUAUCAGUACUGGUGGAUACAGAGUUAUCUUCCAGCCUGUUUCCGAUUUUCCUACGGCAUUACAAGCUACACCAAAGGAGGAUGUUAUGGGAAUUCAUCGUCGUAAGAUGGUCCUAAGUGAACUCCUUCAAGACCGCAACUAUGAAAUCGUUGUAGUACCUUUUAACUCACAAGGAGAAGGUCCUGCCAGUCCUCCGGUAACUGUGUACGUAGGUGAGGCAGUACCAAUUGGCGAACCGCGAGCUCUUGAAGGUGAAGCAGUAUCUUCAACUGAGGUCCGAUUACGGUGGAAACCACCUCAGCAGUCAAUGCAAAACGGCGAAUUGUUAGGAUACAAGAUCUUCUAUUUGGUUACUAGUAGUCCUCAAGAGUUGGGUGAUAAAAAACCUGAGGAGGAAAUUGAAGUUGUACCUGCAAGUGCAACUGGUCAUAGUCUUGUCUUUCUUGAUAAGUUUACUCAGUACCGAAUACAAAUUCUCGCCUUUAAUCCCGCUGGCGAUGGUCCACGCUCGAAACCAAUCACAGUUAAGACUUUGCAAGGUUUACCUGGACCCCCAAUGGAUCUCAAAUUUACUGAUAUCACCAUGAACAGCUUGAAGGUAUCUUGGAACCCACCAAAGAAACGAAAUGGAGAUAUUAUUGGCUACAUUGUUACUUAUGAAACCACAGAACAAAAUGAAAAAUUCAGUAAACAAGUCAAACAAAAGGUUUCAACAACAUUCCUCAAUGUCAUUUCGUUGGAGGAACAAGUGACUUAUACUUUUACCGUGCGUGCGCAGACCAUUGACUUUGGUCCCGCUGUAACAAGCAAUGUGACGACAGGACCUCAGGAAGGAUCACCUAGCACUCCAAAAGAGUUGGUGUUGAUUAAGACACUAUCUAGUGUUGAGUUGCACUGGUUGAAUGGUCCAACUGGUAAAGGUCCAAUUCUGGGGUAUUAUUUAGAAUGUAAGAGGAAGGAUGACAACCGCUGGCAGACUGUAGCGAGGACAACUAAUGGUCCACUACAAGAUUUCACUGUUAGUUAUCAGAGUUUAUUGCCGAGCACAUCAUACAACUUUAGAGUCAUCCCGUAUAACAAAUAUGGUGUGAGUUUUCCGGCAACAUCGGAUGAAUAUGUCUUAACACCGAGUAAACUUUACUUGGAAUACGGAUAUCUUCAACAUAAACCAUUCUACAGGCAGACGUGGUUUAUGGUUGCGUUGGCGGCCAUUUCGAUUAUUAUCAUUAUUACCGUAAUCGCCAUUUUGUGUGUAAAGAGCAAGAGUUACAAAUAUAAACAAGAAGCACAAAAAACUUUGGAGGAAUCAAUGGCGAUGUCAAUUGACGAUCGCCAAGAACUUGCCAUGGAAUUAUACCGGUCGCGACACGGAGGCGGAAAUCUCAGCAACUUGGGGACGAUCAGCAAACGUGGCACUCUUCAUCGUAAGCAAGUAAUGCCACCGCCUCCGCUAGGAAAAUCUCCGCCGCGACCAUCGCCUGCAUCUGUGGCUUAUCACUCCGAUGAAGAAAGCUUAAAGGGGUAUGACGAGACGCCCGACGAUAGCAGCGUCACCGAGAAACCCUCCGAGAUGAGUUCCACUGACUCGCAGGCCUCUGAGAGCGAAAACGAGAGCGUCCGCUCCGAUCCGCACUCGUUCGUCAAUCACUACGCCAACGUGAACGAUUCCCUGCGGCAAUCCUGGAAGAGGCAGAAGCCUGUGCGGAACUAUUCUAGCUAUACGGACUCAGAGCCGGAAGGCAGCGCCGUCGUGAGCCUCAAUGGCGGCCAGAUCAUCCUCAACAAUAUGGCGCGCUCGCGGGCGCCGCUGCCCGGCUUCUCAUCGUUCGUAUAGCGCUAAUAGUUUUUUAAGUAAUAAUGUAAUGGAUGACAAUUCGCAAGCAAACGAAAUGGCUGACGAAGAACACGUGACAAAGAUUAAUAAGUUAAGUUGAUGUUGCAUUUAGGUAAGAAUUACUUAAGACAAUCGACUCGAAACAAACUUAGUGCAAUUAACAAACGAAAGAAGCGAAUCUAAGUAGUGCCAGAAUCAAUCACUAUAAUUGCCAUUGUAAUCAACAAAAAAAUACUAGCGGUUCAUAUAGAUAUAAUUGGUCUAAUUAACUCGACGAAUCGACAAAUACUGCGAUUUGUUGCAUUAUCUCACUUGAACAAGACUUGAACGUUUACAUAACAUAACAUAAGUAAUAUGUAUGGCACUGAUAAGUACUCGUAGAACCCUUUGAUAUGACUAUCUAGCCCAGUUCAACAAUAAUCGACGGGCGUUUUAACUUUGUACAUAUACAAAACAAACGAAACUAAAAAAAACUAACGCGAUGUAUUUGCGGCGUUCGUAUGCAAGUAAGUUCAACAUUUAGGCUGGUAAGCUUUACGACUUUCUCCCAAAAAUCUGCCCAAAUCAUUAUUGACUAUGACAAUAUUGUUUAGGACGACUUUAGGACUCAAUAUUUUAAAAAAGCACUCGAGAAUAAGAAAAAAAUCUCAACAAAGCUUUUGAAAAUGUUGAUUUCUAAGUCAAAGCGUAGGCAAAUUUUUAGACUUCUAUUAGUGUUUUAUAAUUAUUUGUACACUAUCCGAACACACCUUUGAACUGACUCCUGAAACUGAUUUCCGAAGGUAAACUCAACUUGUUGACAUGUAAGCGUAACAUGUAUCGAUAUCUAUCAUAAUAACGAACUAAAGGUGAAAAACACAACUUAAACAAAAUGAAAGAAAAAAAAAUUGAAGCAAUUAUUAAACUAUAUUAAAAUAUAACGAUGUUUAAACGAAAUUUUCGACUCGGAUGUAUACAGAUCCGAAGUGUUGCGUUGAAAACUCUUGAAAUUCUAAUGGAAACCCAACAAAUUUAAACUGUAAGCUGUUCAAAGACUACAAGACUUAAUUUUAACUUAAAUUUAGUGAAUUAUACGCGUCGGUUUUAGUUUUAAGCGUACACACACACUGCCCAGAACAAGCUGCGAAUCAUUACUGUUCUUAUUUAUUUAAUCAUUCUUGUAUACUUGUAUUUAUGUGUUUAGUUAUUCCGAGUAUGAGUUUCGACGUUUGCGUAUGAGUAUGAACUUUUGUAAAUGUAAAAAGUAAACUGUGAUUUAAUGAUUAAUGAAUGAAUCUACUUAACAAUGAGAAAUGAGGAACUAUUAAAAAACUAUAUAAAAAUGAAAUGAAAUAAACAAAAAUAUGAACAUUA